AGUCCCCCAGCGCCGCCAUGGCCAGCCCGAAGCAGUGCCGGCCCAAGUCAGCCCCGUGCCGCUCGCGGUCGCCGCCCGAGCAGCCGCUGCGGGUGAAGGUGGUGGGGCUCUUCAAAAGCUCCAGCUUUCAGAUGGCGAAGAGCGCUGCUGAGGCUCUGAAGACUAAUUAUCCAUCCAAAUUUGAAGAUCCUAUAAUAGUUCCUCUUCAAGAAUUUGCAUGGGAUCAAUAUCUACAGGAGAAAAAAAGGGAACUCAAGAAUGAAAUCUGGGAAUAUUCUUCCUAUGUGAUGUGUUUUGUUAACGAUCAGCUCCUGGGUGAUGCAUUUGAUCUUCAGAAAUGGGCUCAGAAGAUGUGGGAUAUAGUUGAUUUUAAGCCCCCUGAACUUUAUGAGGCACUUACUGUGGAUUAUGCUGCUAAAUUCUUAACAGACACCAAGCAUGCUUUUGUGUUCUUGGACAUUUCUAUUGAUUUUUAUCCAAUUGGAAGACUGGUUUUUGAGCUCUACUGUGAUGCAUGUCCCAAAACAUGUAGAAACUUUCAAGUCUUGUGCACAGGAAAAGCAAAGUAUUCUCAAAGUGGAAUCAGGCUACAUUACGUAGGUUCAAUUUUUCAUCGAGUAGUACCGAACGGUUGGAUACAAGGAGGAGAUAUAGUAGAAGGAAGAGGAGAUGAUGGAGAGUCGAUUUACGGACCAACGUUUGAAGAUGAAAACUUUUCAAUUCCUCAUAAUAAGAGGGGAGUUCUUGGAAUGGCCAACAAAGGCCGUCACACCAACGGGUCACAAUUCUACAUCACACUACAGCCAGCACCCUAUCUAGAUAGAAAAUAUGUGGCUUUUGGGCAAUUGAUUGAAGGAACGGAAGUUCUUCAAAAAUUGGAAUUGGUUCCAACAGAGAAUGAAAGACCAAUACAACGAUGCGUAAUUAUUGACAGUGGAGAUCUUUAUGCCUGAUUUUCCUAUCAGUAUUCUCUGACAACUUAUUAUUAUGCAUCUGAUCAGCUGUUUCUAUAUUUAAUUAAACAGUGCUUGAUAAAAUUUAACUUGAAAGCUGUAAAGAUGCUGUAGGUUGGCCCUCCCAACACCCAGUCCCUCCCCAUUUUCCUUUCUUGUCUCUGCCACAGACUAUAAAAGCAAAACACUUAAUUUCCCACCCUCCUUCGCAGCCAGUAGUGGCCAUGGAAUACCAUCUCGCCAGUGAGACAAGAGUAGAAUGCCAGCGAUCCUGCCCCUUCCCCUCAACCAGCCUUGAAUGCAGAGCUGUGAAGGAAAGGCCAAGAGAACUGGAGAUGUCAGUGCCAACUCUUGGGCUGCAGAACCAAUGCCAGCACGUACCUAUCUCUGGCUUCUUACUGUGAGACAAAUAGACUCCUGCUUGUUGACGUUACUAUUGGCUGAUUAUUUUGCUACUUGUAGCCCAAACCAUUCUUAGCAGCAGGACCUAAUGGCCUUCCAAUCCUAUAGCACUUAGAAUGGAAUUAUGUUGUCAGUGAACUACAUUUCUGCCCUAAGAAAGUUGGUAAAUAA